CCAAGACCUCACAGGAUCUGCUGGGAUAUGUUCCUGCUGCAAGUACCGGGAUAGAAAGAUACUGAAAACUUUUUCUCCGAACUAUUUUCUCAUUGCGCUUUGGACGUCAACCGUGGAUUGUACUAUUAUAAAACGUCGCACAAUUUUUUAAGGUCAUAUAUCAGAGCAAAUUGCACGGAUCACAAUAUAACCUUGAGCGAAUAAUUUAUAUCAGUUUCGUUCUAGAAAAUAUAAAAAUCAUCGGUGUCUAUCUUAAUUUUGUGAACCUAAGGGCUAAGGGUUGUUGUUACAAAUGUCCAUAUCAAUAAAAUAUUAACUGUGUUAGUUUAUUUGAGAGACAACAAUGCUUGCCAUAAUUUGGAUUUUUUCAACACGGCUCUGUUGACCUGAAGGACCAUGUUGAUCUACCGCCUGUUCAACUGCUAUCAAAGAAGCAGGGCUCGGGGCAGCGGAGAGUACAGAUCUUAAAGUGAAUAAACAUCGAUUUAAACAUUGAGGGAACUUCAAAAGUGCAUCAGGCAUACGAGAAGUGCGAUUUACGGCGUGGACGAAGGCUGUCGGGAGGUCUGCUCACACGUUACCCUCGGCAAGGGAUGGUACUGGAUUCCCCGCGGCAAGGAGCAACUUUGCGGCUCCUGCAGAAUACGUUUUUCUUGUUCUGGGGGAAAUCAAAAUUAAAGGGAGAUGAGAACCGCACUUUACUGCUUCCUCCUCUGCGCCUCGUACCUGCUGCACGUCGCUGCUGAGGAACUUCAGAUACCGCAGGAGCUGAUCGAGAGACUGUCUCACAGCGAAAUCCGCAGCAUCAGCGACCUCCAGCGGCUCCUGGAGAUAGACUCCGUAGGUGUCGGCAAUGAGGUCAUUCAAGAGACCAAACACAAGUACCACAAGGACUACUCCUCCAGUUACUCAGACCUGAAGAGCUCUCAGAUCCGCUCCAGAAGAAAGCGGAGCAUCGAGGAGGCGGUGCCGGCGGUCUGCAAGACACGGACGGUGAUCUACGAGAUCCCGCGCAGCCAGGUGGACCCCACCUCCGCCAACUUCCUGAUAUGGCCGCCCUGCGUGGAAGUGAAGCGCUGCACGGGCUGCUGCAACACCAGCAACAUGCGCUGCCACCCGUCCCGCCGGCAGCACCGCACCGUCAAGGUGGCCAAGGUGGAGUACGUGCGCAGGAGGCCUAAGCUGAGGGAAGUGCUGGUGAGGUUGGAAGACCACCUGGAGUGUGUCUGCACGGCACAGCACCACGUCCUGGAGCACUCGGAGGCAGACCCAGGCCCCGCUAGGGCUUCAGGUAGGAACAGGAAACGCAAAAAACCUAAGCUCUCCAAGGAUUUAUUGGUCAUGUAAUAAAACAGACAAGUUUGUAAAGUCUGCCGGACCUGUGAGAUCAGCAGACGUGAGGUGAGACCCAGCAGCACAAGGGACUUCUGUGUGGGAGGGGAUGAGGAGAGGAGUCUGUCCGCUUCCCUUCAGUUCCCCCCCUGCCACCACCUUUUAAAAAAAAUUUAAAAAGAGAGACGAUAACAGAAAAGACAAAAAAAGCGAAUAAAAUGCCAAAGGUGCUUUCCUACCAAGACUGGUGGGGAUUUUCCUCCGGAGCGUGCAGCAGACCCAAUCAAUCGAACACCGAUGACAACGAUUACGAUCAUGACCCUGACAUUGUUGACUCUGGACAUAACAGAGGAAGGACAGAGGAGUCUAGUCUUGGUUGUUUCUGUGUUAUUGCGAAAAAUGUUCAAAUUUAAUCAUAAAAAACAACAAAGGAAGAGAGGGAAGCCAUGGAGGGUCUCUGGGAGCGGCACUCUGGGCUGGACUGACCCCCUUGUAGAGGGACAGGAGUGGGGGGCUCCAGGAACAGGGCAUACGCUGGUGCCAUGUGGGCGGUUCUGUGUCCACGUGGGUCACUGUUGGCUAGCAGACUCUUAACCAGACUGUGAACCGGACACAGGAGAUGGAAGUUGUGACAGAGAGAGAGAGAGAGAGAGAGAGAGAGAGACAUACAGACAUUGGGUUGGAUUACCAGCCUCUCUGGAACGUACCGCACACUACGGGCUGUGGAACUCUUGGACACUCUUCUUCUCUGGUUUUCUCUCCUUCCUCGUCUGCCCCCCCCCCCCUCUCUCCUCACCCCCGGGAUCUCUGGGAUGUGGUGAACUGGGUUUUGCUUGGAUGACGAGCUGUGUUGUUUUUUUUUUUUUGUUGUUCUUGUUGUUGUUCAUAGACAAAACCUCCUAUAUCCUCUUUCUUUUUUUUUGUAACCUUUCAUUUGUUAUUCGUUGGAUUAUAUGUCCGUCAGUAUGUACGAUGCAUAAAAGAAGGCGAGAGUGCUCUACCCCAGUAAUUGCUACUAAUAAACUAUUUAUACGUGUGAACGUUUUUUUUUUUUUGUUUGUUAGUUUUCCCCGCUAGCAGCGAAACGAGGUGUGUAACACUCAGAGAAGCGUGACAGUGAGAGCCCUAGUCUUGUUCAGACUGAACUCACCUGACUGAC